CCCUAACUAAAACUCAACCCCGUCCGCGGCGUCGGCGAGUCGUUUGCCUCUCUCUCUCUCUCUCUCCAUCAAACGACACCUCGCUUUCAGGGGUCGCACACCCCGUUUCCCAGUUUUUGAAACUCCCCUCGCUUUCCCUCUACGUUCUUCAGGCGGGCCUCCAGUAUCCAGGUACACCUUCCACUUGCUCACGCACACAUGCACACGGGAACGAAACGAACUCGAUGAUGCCUCCUCUCGAUCGCUUGGGAAACGUUGGAUGCAUGUGUCGCUGAUCACGCCGUCGUUCUGUGAUUUCUGGAAUUUAUCGGCGAGCAGUAUGUUUUCGGGCGGCCGCGACGAUCAGUUUCGUUCAGAGGCCGCAUGCCAAUCUAGUUUGUGAUCGAACGGCUGAGAGAGUUCUCGAUUUUUGUUGCUGGAUGUUUGUGCUUAUCUCGGUCGGUAGUUGAAGUUCUAUGGGGAUUGUAGGUUGGGCUGGGGGGGAUAUGGAAUCUUGGGAUGAGCAAGUUAGGGGAUGCCAGGAGAUUUUGGAGAUUAUAAGUUUGAUGUCUUUUGCGAAUUUGAGCGAGGAACAAGUGCACAAGCUGGUGACGAUGAGAGAAAUAGCGCGCCAGGUCGUGGGCGGUCAGUUCCAAGGGGUCGCGAAGAUUGACGUGGCUAGGGCAUUGCGCUCUACUAUUGACGAUAUUGUGGUCACAUGCAAGGAAACUCUAGAUAUCAUAAGUAGGAUGUCGCAUGAUGGCUUAGAUGAUCAUAGAGUUCAGUUGAUGUCGAGGAUUAAGGAAAUUGCUGGUGCCAUUGCUGAUAGAAAAGCGGACGCUGGUAGCGUUUGGCAUUAUGAAUUUGCUGAAAGAAUUAGCGAGAAUGAUGAUGCGGGGAUCGGAGAGAGCGUCAUGGACGGUGCAAUGCAAACAAACCGUGAGGGUGUUCACAUUCUGAAUAUGGAAGGACAGGUGUUCGUGGAUGAACUAACAGGGGUUGCAGUGAAGAAUGAUGAGUAUUUUAUAGGUGGAGAAUUGGUAGAACAAAAUGACAGUGUGGAGGUUCUAUCAGGGUCAAUGUCUCAUACCUCAAUAUUUUGGCCUCAAAAUGAUGAAGUAACUAUGGAUUGGGUUGAAGAUUUGAUGUUAGCACUAAAGAGAUCUUCAUGGGAAGGUGUCCCCUCCGACUUACAAUUUGUUAUGCCUGUCGGUGUGGUCGACAAAUUGAUCGAUUCAGCGGACAACAUUCUAAGUCAAGAACCCAAUUGCGUGAUUAUUAAUUGCUCUGGAGAGGAUUCACGAGUGAUUGUGAUUGGUGAUAUUGAGGGACAGUUCCACGACUUAUUGUCUCUCAUGUAUGACCAUAUCGGUGUGCCUUCAGAGUAUAAAUUUUUUGUUUUCAAUGGUAAUUACGUCGGUAAAGAGCCGUGGGGUUUGGAAGUACUUCUCGUGUUGUUGGCCUGGAAGGUAGUAAUGCCUAGUAGAGUCUAUCUUCUCCGUGGAAAUCAUGAAACAAAGUCUUUAUCAUCAUCCUGUGGCUUUAAGGAGGAGGUGCUGUCCAAAUAUGGAAAUCAAGGUGACUAUGUCUAUGAGAAGUUUUUGGGAUGUUUCAAAAACCUUCCCUUGGCCUCGAUAAUAAGCAAUAGUGUAUAUACUACCCAUGGUGGGCUAUUCCGAAGCACACGAGUUCUUUCUUCCGAGUCGAUCAAAGGAAUGAUGACGGUUGGUUCUUUGGAUGAACUUUCUAGAGUUAAUAGAUACACUGUCGACACUCUAGAUGAUGAUCAUAUUCACGGUGACUUGCUAAUCUUGAACGACGUGCUCUGCUCGGACCCAUCAUCUGUUGAAGGUUUUAGGGAAAAAAGAGUACGCCAAGCAGGUCUUUGGUGGGGCCCAGAUUGCACAGAGACUUUUCUGAGCCAGUCUAAGUUAAAGUUCAUUAUUAGAUCACACGAAGGGCCUGAAAAAAGGGCUUGUCGAAAAGUUUUAGAAGCACUGUCCAAAGGCUACAGUGAGGAUCACAGUGGAGUAUCAGGGAAGCUGUUUACUCUGUUCAGUGCUCCAGAAUACACACAGUUUCCUGAAGAGAUGGGAAAAAAUGAAGGCGCAUAUGCUAUCUUGAAGCCACCCAAUUUUACCCCCGUGUUCUGCUCAUUCAGAGCUGUAGACAGACCAAAGGCAUGUCAUUACGCUGUCAGAAAAAAUGAAGAUGAGGUGGAUUUAUGUGAAGAAGAAGUCUCGACGUCCAUGAGUCUGGACGCUUUGGGUGAUUCCAUUGCAAUGGAUCACUUUCAUUAUAUGGCUGGGACGAGUUCUGAAGUUGAUUUUGGGGCAGUGGGGAUUCAUAAUCCCCCUUCUUGGAGUGUGCUUUUGGCAGAUGAAGCAGGUAACCCACGGUGUGUUCAGCUUUCAGAAGUUCCUGACGUUGAAGGAUUGCCCUUAUCUCCCAACUCACAGGAACCUCACAAGUCUGCUUACAAGUACUUAUUGAAAUUGAUUGCAGCCCUGAAACAUGAGCUCCAAAGAAGGGAUGCUCAGAGUAGGAGUUGUAUGCAUGAGUUGAUAAAAGAGUUGGAAACAAGAAAGACUGUUGCUUGUCCUAGGGAAGAACAUAGGAUUGAAGUUGAUAAAAAUUCUCACCCUGACGGAACUGAAAUUGUGGAGAAAAGUUCCACCUUCACACCAACUGGCUUUCGUGAAGCAGAGGAGAGUGCAGAGCAGGAAGCAUAUGAAUUGAGGUCCAGUUAUGAAAGGGCUGCUCCUCAUCAUGCUUCAAAACAGAUAAUAACAUAUAAGAGAGUCCGAUGUCGGGGUGGUCCAAAGAACUAGGUUCACUGGGAAGAUGCUUGCUCUGGAGGCUUCUACCUUAAACCAUAAAUGUUUCACUGGGGAAAGAAAUCUUUUUCAGACGACGACAAUGAUAUUUACUCCAUAGAAAUGGGUAUUGCCAGCCCGGACAAUGAGAAUUGUACAACAAGUACAGAGAGUUUAAGCAACAACUCUCCUAUGCAGCUCUGCCGUAUGAAAUCACCUAUUUGGAGCAUUUGGCGAUUUAGCUUACUUCAGUGCACCAUUGGAGAUAACUGAGUUAAGUUGGGUUUGGAUCUGGCACUAUAUGUGCAUGUGAUUGGGUUUAUAGCAUGGAAGGUUAGACUAUAUCUACUGAGAUCACAUUGAUCUAGAUUUUUUGUAUUGAGGAUGAAAUUUUGAUACUAAGUGUUUGUAUGUCAGAUGGGGAUUUCAAGCUGCUGGGUUGAUGUCAAGUGGCCUCGAGGAUUUAAUCAGUGCCCGAAUUGGCCUUCGAACUUGACUUAGGAAGCACAGGUUGCUGAGUGGAGCUUGAUGCGUGACUUGCCGCUUGUGUGAGGAAACAGAUGCCAGUUGGAGAUGGCUUGGACCAGUUCACUCGCAAUUGGGUGCGGCAAUGAAGAAGGCUUGUUGCAUCAGUGCACACUCGAAUUCUACCAGUUCCCAUCCCUUGUUGCAGAGCUUAUUCUCUCACGUGCUUAGGCAGGAAUCGACCAGCUGGGCGAUGCUACCCGACAGUGUGUCGCUCUCUACUUAGCUGACUCAUUUUUUGUUGGGGAAGGACGUCUAUUACCCUGGCGAUGGUUAUGUGAUGCCCCAAUAGUAAAUGUGCAAUCGCGUCAGAAUUGGCUUAAUGGCUAGCUAGCUGAUGAUGAGCAAUUAUACCAAUGAGAUUUUUCCUUUUGAUUUUA